CAGUUUCACAGGAUUUGUGUUUCCAUUUAUGUGUGGAAGCCAUGAUCUGACCCCCUGCACUGGUUUUACCUGGCCCUGGAUGACAGGGGUUGGAGGGAAGGACGCUGCCACUUGGAACUUUAAACCUCUUCACCCACAAUUACCAAGCAAUGACAGUGACGUUCUCUCCAGCAGCUCUUGUGUCCAGCGAGGAUGUGAUUAUGAUGGUUCGGGCGGCGUGCGUUAUGUUCACAGAAAGGGAAUGCGAGGAGGUGUGUGUCUGAUGGGUUGGAGAUUGCGGUGUGAGGAUGAAGUGUUCCUUGAGGUUUACCUAACCCCUGCAUUAGCGGAACGACCACAGUAAUCACCUCCAGAUGUUUGAGAACAACAUCUGACUGAUUAUUUACUACAAGACCGAUGAACAUCGCCCUCUUCACAUUAUAAAUCUUACUCUUUGCUCCUUUGGCAGUGCCAAAGUUAAUGCUUAAUCUAAGCACAGGCCCUUAAGUGCUAAGGCCAAGCCCUGUUUAUGGGAGGGAGGUUACUUGAAUGUGUACAGAUCAGACCAGAGGCAUAGGAGCUCAGGGACUCAUUAGACUCAUCUCUACUAGUCCAGCUACGGGACCCUCAGGACUGAGCCAAGGAAGUAGCCGCCAUGCCGAAAGAGAGCUACAUAUCCAAGGCUACCGCCGCCGCCUUCGCUGUCCUGACCGUCUCUGCCAUCGCUGGCACCGUCACUAUGAUCAUUCUCUACAACACCGAGAUCUCUAAAAUGAACCCAACGCCCCGGCCAACCUUACCAUCCACCACCACAGGACCACCACCCGUCAUGCGGCUUCCAAGGAAUCUCAUACCUGAGAGUUACGAGGUCUUCCUCCAGCCUCAUCUCUACACCCGGAUCAUUGAGGUGGUGAACGUGACCAGUCCCAACCAGACGCUGUUGUUCUCUGGAAACUCUACUGUUAACUUUCACUGUGUCCAGAGGACUAGCACCAUCUACCUCCAAAGCAAGGACCUGUUUGUUUCUAAUCCUGUGGUGAUGAACAAAGGCACAAAUGAGAAGAUGAGUGUUUCUCUGAUGAAGUAUCAUGAAGACGAAAGCAACUUUCUCGAGAUCCAACUGAAUGAGGCAUUGGAGACAGGAGGAAACUACAGUUUGUUUCUGGCUUUCACUGGAGAGAUAUCAGAAAACCUUGAAGGGCUGUAUGUAAGCUCAUAUCUUGAAGGUGUGCCCGCUUAUGAAGGUGAUUCAAAUGCUGAGAGAUUCCUUGCCACCACUGAUAUGGAGCCAACAGACGCCAGGAGAGUGUUUCCUUGUUUCGAUGAGCCAGAAAUGAAGGCUGUGUUUUACGUGACCAUCGUCCACAGGCGAGACACAGGCGCUCUAGGAAAUGCAGAAGUAGCAGACUCCGGUAUCCUAGAUGAUGUUUGGCAAUACACUCGUUUUCAUCCAACACCAAAAAUGUCAACGUACCUGUUCGCCUUCACGGUUUCUGAGUUUACAUCAAUCACCUCCCGACAUGAACGCGUGGAAAUUAAAACGUUUGCGCGUCCCGAGGCCACCGCAGCAGGACACACUCGGUAUGCAGCCAACAUCACCGGAAAGAUCCUCAACUUCUACGAGAAACUGUUUGAAAUUGACUACUCCCAGAAGAAGCUGGACCAAAUUGCAGUGCCAGACUUAAAUCCUGCAGCAAUGGAAAACUGGGGACUGGUCACAUACCAGGAGGGAAGCCUGCUCUAUGAGGAAGGAGUGUCCUCAUUUUUGCACAAGGAAGUGAUCGCUGUUCUUAUUGCACAUGAGCUGGCACACCAGUGGUUUGGAAAUCUGGUGACGAUGAAAUGGUGGAAUGAAAUUUGGCUGAAUGAGGGCUUUGCCACGUACAUGUCUUACUUUGCAGUGGAUCACGCUGAGCCUUCAAUCAGCAUGAAAGACGCAUAUUUCCUGAGCGACCUCCAUACAGCAUUUGAGGAGGAUGCUCUAGCUUCAUCCCAUCCUCUCAAUCCUCCGCAGGAAGAUGUCCAGACGACUUCUGAGAUCAUCGAGAUGUUUGAUUCUAUAACCUACUGUAAGGGGGCCAUUGUGCUGAGAAUGCUGGCAGACAUCGUGGAUCAAAGAGUUUUCGACAAAGGGAUCAAAAUGUACCUCUCAGAAUCAAGGUUUAAAAACACGGACCAGAACAACCUCUGGGAGUAUAUACAAAAGGCCGAGGAUGAGGAUGGCGGUCACACCCAGGUUGCCAGGGUGAUGGACACCUGGACCAAUCAGAUCGGCUAUCCCGUCAUCACCAUCAACACUACCAACGGAUUUGUCUCCCAGAAGCGCUUCAUGUUCAACGACUCUUCUGAAUCUAGUCUUUUGUGGUACGUCCCGGUCAGAGUCAUGUCCAACACGUCUGACACUUCUUUUGUCUGGUUAGACACCAGGACAGCACAGAAAGUUGAAUUAAUUUCUAAGAGUGGAGAGUGGAUCCUGGCAAACGUGAACUGUACUGGAUACUACAGAGUCAAUUACAACCUGGAGAACUGGGAUUUGCUCCUGACUCAGCUGGAAAUAAACCCACAUCGGAUCCCACUGAUGAACAGAGGGCAGCUUGUUGAUGAUGCAUUUAACCUGGCAAGGGCCAAACUUCUCGACGUGACUCUGGCUCUGAAUUCCACCCGCUUCCUUCACAGUGAGAGAGCGUACAUUCCCUGGGAGUCAGCCGUUAGGAACCUUGAGUACUUUAGCCUCAUGUUCGACCGCUCUGAGGUGUAUGGACCCAUGCAGGCGUACCUCCGGAAACAGGUUAGGGGACUGUACAACUUCUACAAGAACUACACAGACAAUUCAUCAGUCCCAAAGGACCAUUCCUCACAGCACAGCCAGAUCAUGGCCAUAGAGGUGGCAUGUUCCAACGGACUCCCAGAAUGUGUGCUGAUGGCUAGAACGAUGUUUACUGACUGGAUGAACAACGGCACCAACAAAAUCCACCCCAACCUGCGGUCUGUGAUCUACUGCCAGGCUGUGGCUUUCGGUGGGCAGGCAGAGUGGGAGUUUGCCUGGAAAAGGUACCAGAGUUCCAGUGACACCUCAGAGAAAGACCAGCUCCGCGCAGCUCUGUCCUGCACCAAGAAGAUCUGGCUGCUCAACAGAUACCUGGACUACACUUUGAACCCUGAGAAGAUUCGUCUGAUGGAUGUUGCUUCCACUAUAGCCUACAUAGCCAGGAACGUGGCAGGGCAGGCGCUGGCCUGGAACUUUAUCAGAGCACACUGGGAAUAUGUCAGUCAGGGGGACGGAGCCAUGCUGAUCGAGGGGGCGACCAGCAGGUUCUCGACAAAAUUCGAGCUAGAGGAGCUGGAGCGGUUUGCGACUGAAUAUGAUCUGGGUCCCGCGACCAGGACGGUGUACCAGGCCAUAGAGCAAACCCGGGUCAACAUCGAGUGGGUCGGCGAGAACAAAGAGAUCAUACUAGAGUGGUUUGAAAGAGAAACAUCUUCCUUCGUAGAGUGAAAGAAAAAAAAAAACCCAGCACCUUUCAUUGUUUUAGAGCCUCAGUUUUCAACAACUCUUCACUUCAGCUGAAUACCCCUGAGACAUUCCUUCUCGUCUAAAUCCACUUCACAAACAACAACUGAUUAUGAUUAUUUAAAAAAAAAAAAAAAAAAUGGACCCGACAAAAUAACCAUGAAACCACAGAUUCAGUUUCCAGCACAAAAAACGUGGAGAAAUGUGGCACUUUA